UUGUUGAACUAUAGACAAGGAUAGCAACACCAUUGCAAAUCGAACACUACCAUUAUAACGUGACCUCACUAUAGAUACUCAAAGAAUACUUUUAAAUAACUAUGUUAUAACUGUGACUGUUGCUGGCCGUUACUCUGUUUCUGAGACAAAGAGAAGUUGCUGUUCUAGUCCAGUUUUCAGUCUUUAGUCUGUGUCUGUGAUCUGUGUAGUUUGUAUUUUCGUUUUGUAAUGGGAGGCAUUUUUGUUUCUUGAUUUUCCACGUGUGUUUAUGUACAGGCUUCAUUAACAACAGGCUUAUUACAAUGGCAGAUCAUUUUAUUAGUGCUGGUGUGGCUUACGUUCCUGAAGAUGGACUCAGCGGAGCAAGUCUUUUUGGAAACGGCGAUGGAUUAACGUACAAUGACUUCAUCAUUUUGCCUGGAUUCAUUGAUUUCACUGCCGAUGAAGUGGACUUGACAUCGGCAUUGACCAGAAAGAUUUCUCUACAAACUCCUUUGGUUUCUAGUCCCAUGGAUACAGUCACCGAAUCCAACAUGGCUAUUGCAAUGGCGCUUUGCGGAGGGAUUGGUAUCAUCCAUCAUAAUUGCACUCCAGCUUACCAGGCAAAUGAAGUACACAAAGUGAAGAAAUACAAGCAUGGAUUCAUCAGAGACCCGGUUGUCAUUAGUCCCGAUAACACACUAUUGGAUGUAUUUAAUCUAAAGAAAGAGCACGGUUUCUGUGGAUUUCCUGUUACACAUAAUGGCAAACUAGGAGGUCGUUUGGUUGGAAUUGUCACAUCUCGAGACAUUGAUUUUCUAGAGGAUAAGCAGGAUAAGAAUGUAAAAUUGGACACUAUUAUGACCAAAGUAGAAGAUAUUGUUUCAGCAAAUUUGGGAGUAACAUUGGAGGAAGCCAACAGUAUUUUAGAAAAGUCGAAAAAGGGAAAACUACCCAUUAUUAAUGACGAUGGAGAAUUGGUGGCAUUGAUUGCUCGCACCGAUUUAAAAAAGUCUAGAAACUAUCCAAAUGCUUCCAAAGAUGAAAAUAAACAGUUGCUUGUUGGAGCUGCGAUUGGAACACGAGCUGAUGAUAAAGAAAGGCUCAAACUCCUUGCUGCCGCUGGAGUCGAUGUCGUUGUUUUGGAUUCUUCUCAAGGAAAUUCAAUCUAUCAAAUAGAAAUGAUUAAACAUAUCAAGAGUACCUACCCGAAUCUGCAAGUGAUAGGUGGUAAUGUUGUGACAGCGACACAAGCCAAGAGCCUGAUAGACGCGGGAGCGGACGGACUGCGUGUGGGCAUGGGAAGUGGGUCAAUAUGCAUCACCCAGGAGGUGAUGGCAGUGGGUCGACCCCAGGCCACAGCAGUCUACAAGGUGGCUGAGUAUGCGCGCCGAUUCAAUGUGCCCUGUAUAGCAGAUGGCGGCAUUCAGUCUGUUGGACAUAUCGUCAAAGCUCUCGCACUUGGUGCCUCAACAGUAAUGAUGGGCUCAAUGUUGGCGGGCACUUCAGAAGCUCCAGGAGACUACUUCUUCUCGGAUGGUGUCAGGCUCAAGAAGUACAGAGGCAUGGGAAGUCUAGACGCUAUGAAUAGGAAAGAUGCUAAGGGAUCUGCUAUGGAUAGAUAUUUUCAUAAUGAGGCUGAUAAACUGAAAGUAGCUCAAGGUGUGAGCGGUUCGAUUGUAGACAAAGGCUCGGUUCUGCGAUUUCUGCCUUACCUUCAGUGUGGACUCCAGCAUAGCUGUCAAGAUAUCGGCUCUCGUUGCUUAUCAAAUCUACGGUCCAUGAUGUAUUCAGGAGAAUUGAAAUUUGAAAGGAGAACUCAUUCGGCUCAAUCGGAAGGAGACGUCCACAGUCUGUUUUCGUAUGAAAAAAGAUUGUUUUAGGAUCCAAUCAACCAUCUCCUAUAAUUCAACAGAAAUUGUCAACUACAAUCAAUUCUUAUUUCCAGUCCCAAAAUCAGUCAGUGAUUUCAUAAUGGACAUUUUAUUAUUUCUCAUUUGUAACUUACUUUUCCUCUUGUGUGAAGUAGAGCUUUACACAACUAUUUGAGUAAGGCAAUGAGAAUUUAGAAUUAAUUGCAUGAAGAAUUAUGGAAGAAUCUUAGAAUCCUCUGAAUACUUAACUGGUUCAACCGAUUAUUAUUUACCGUGAGAUCACUAGAGGUUCAUAACAGUAGUAUCUCUGUUAUCCAAUAUUCAUUCAAUUAAUUACAUUUAGUCGAUUGAUUCAUUUCAUUCAGAGCUAAAUAUAUUUUUGUGAUAUUCUUGACAGCAUUCAAUGUAAAUGAUGAGAGCGAUGAUAUUGAUGAGAGUUUAAUUUUUCUUUUUGAUGAUUUCGAUUGAAUAAUAAUUUUUUUUUACAUUUAUUCUUCGCCAGUCAAAGAAAUCAAACGUAGAUUCCUUUUAUUGUUUCAGUUCAGUAAAUAUUUUUUUUGUGUUAUUCUCAUCAGCAUUGAAUUACUAUGAGAGUGAAAUGUAGUGUAAUUCUCCUGAUUGAUAUUUUAGAUUUAAUAAUCAUUUUUCGGUAGUCGAAAAAUACUUACUUCCAGACUUACAAUUCCUUUCAUUGUUUUAAUAGAAGAAAUAUUUAUUUUGUGAUAUUCUACAGCAUUCAUUUAUGCUGAGUGCUGUUUCAUUAUUUUUAUUGAAGUUUGGAAUAACUUAUGCUUAUAUUAAAUGUUUAUUUUGCUGUCGAAUUAGAAAACAAUGAAAUUACAUAGUGGAUUCACGAUUCGUUUUCUUGUUUAAAUUUCAAGAUAUUAUAUUUUUGUGGUAUCUUCAAAAAAAUUUAGUUAUCGUAGUGUAAUUUUCCUUUAUUGCAAUUAAAAAUAACAAAUUAUUAUUAAAUGUUUAUUUUGUUGUCGAAUUGAAAAGCAAUGAGAUUGCAUUUCAGAUUUUUAAUCGUUCCAAUCCAAGAUAUUUUUUUUGUGAUAUUUUAAACAGAAUCCAGUUAUGAUAGUGCAUAAUGUAGUGCCAUUUUUCUUUAUUGUAAUUAUGAUUAACUUUCUUUUAGGAUUCUUUUUAACGUUUAUUUUGCUGUCGAAUUAGAAAGCAAAAAGCAAUGAUAUUACUUUCUAGGUUUACAAUUCGUUUUAUCGUUUUAAUCCAAGAUAUUUUUUCAUCAAUGAUAUUGAAAUGUACCAUUCUUCGAUUGAAAUUUAAAAUAAAUCUAUUGGU